UCUGUCUUCCACUGGACAUAGAGAGCGCCUCGUCUCGUGAAAACAAAGCUCACUAAACGCGCUUUUCCGUGCGUUUUUUUGUGUUGGGGGGUGGGGGGGGGGACGAUGGAGAGCGACUGUACGGAGUGACUCGCCUCGAACUCACAUUUACCGACUUUAUAAAGCUCCCAACGGGCGGAUCCGCGGUUCUCUUUGGUACCUUUAACGGCAAGUUAGCCGACCUGUUUUUCGCGUGCCAUGUGGAAGUAAACCUUCCCAGGUGAGGCCAUGCUAGCCACACAGAUGCCAGAUACGCCACCCGAGGCCAGAGAUGUCAAACAGAUCAAGGAGAAGUUGGCGCAGUCGCUCAAGGCCCUGCAGAAGAGAUAUGUAACGUCGGACGCAGUGGUCACCAGUGACGACGGGGACGCUAACCUCCUCUGCUGCGCCCUGGAGGCCGUCUUCAUCCACGGUAUCAAGAGCAAGUACAUCCGCUUGGAGGCUGGGGGCCGGAGUCGGAAGGGAGAGCGAGGAUCCCUCCCACAGCCGUUCUUCUGGAGCCUCCUCAAGACCGUCACCCACCGCGAUGUGGUCAAAGAGCUGGAGAAGAUCAGUUUCGUGGGCACCGACGUGGGCCGCUGCCGGGCCUGGCUGCGGCUGGCCCUCAACCACGGCCUGCUCGAGUGCUACCUCGUGUCGCUGUUUCGCGAGGGCUCCAAGCUGCGGGCCCACUACCAGCCCAGCGCCUUGGUCCUGAACACAGAGGAGCGGGAAGUCCUGCUCAGCUACCUCCAGGGUCUGGCCUCGCUGACGUUCAGCCUCUCCUACAAGUCGGCCGUCCUCAACGAGUGGACCGCCACGCCUCUGGCUCUCGCUGGACUCUGCCCCUCGUCCCAAGCGGACACGAUUGAGCUGCCCCUCAACGGCGGAGACCUCCCCAACUCCAAGCCCGUGUUUAAAGAAUCGUGGGAUACCGCGUCUCAGUCGUCCAGCUCAUCGGACGCACUGGAUACGCAGAGAGGCUGCCCGGCGACGGGGAAAGGGACAAGUGUGUUACAAGGGGGAAGUACUGCACUCAACUCGUCUAAUUUGAGCCUGGACACGACGGGCUCCUCUCAGCUCUCCUCCAGCUUGAGCUCCGAUAGCCUCCUGCAGGGGCAGGACCCCCGUAGCCCGACAGGAGAGCAGUGGUCUUCAUGUGACCUGGACACGCCCAUUAAUGUCACCAUCAGCACCAAGAGGCCACAGAAGGAUUCUCAAACCGAGUUCAGGGAGAGUGGCCACUGCAGUCAGGACUCCAUGCGCGAAGACUCCUUCGUCUCCAGCACGGGUGCAGAUCAGGACUCGGAGACGGCCGUUUUCAGUGGCUCCGACGGCGAGACCCAGGGUCCCCCGACGCCAUCCCAAGACCACCUGGACCGAGUCCCAAACUCUGUGCUGUCUGAUUCGGAGCCACCGGUGACACCCGAUGAGAACCGCGUUAACAACUCUCCCCCUGAAGUGUGUAUCGAUACAACUUCCGAGUUCCACUUGGACACAGACGGGUUCUCUACGGACAGUGAGUCCGUGGAACCCGUGGAACCCGUGGGCGCUGUAGAUGAAGUGCAUAUCACCGGUGUUCAGGAGACCCAAGAGCCUCUCCAGGUUGAGCCCUCAGUUCAUCAAGGCUCCCGUUGCUCCAUCAGCAUCCUGAGCAGGAAGUUGUCCUCAGAUUCUCUAUCGCAUUCUCGUUCCUGGAUCUCUGAGGACGACAUCUACAAGCCACACCUGGAGGAGGUGUCGGACCCCGAUGAGGCGCCUCCUCCUCCUGCUGCUGCUCCCCCGGCCGAGCUCAAGGUCUCUCAGUCACCGCCCAGCGUCGUCCAUCGCAGGCAAAUAGGGCUGUCCAACCCUUUCCGCGGCUUGCUGAAGCUCGGCCACCUGGAGCGCCGGGGCGCCAUGGGGAUGUGGCGCGAUCAUUACUGCGAGCUGUCGCCCUUCGAGUUCCGGCUGUACGUCAACGCCGAGGAGCGCACGUGCUGCGACAACUGCUCCCUGGUGCGCUGCGAGGACGCCCGCGUGGCCUCGCCCGAGGGUCGCUUCGAGCUGAACUUCCCCGGCAAGCGGCUCUCCCUGCGGGCGGCGAAUCGCGGCGAAGCCGAGGACUGGGUGGACCGGAUCGUCGAGGCCGUCAUCAAAUGCCGCCCGGCGUCUCGCAUGGACGAGCAGUGGGAGGUGCUGCAGCCCGCCUAUGAGAACGGCGUGGAGGCGUCGUCCUCCGUCCCCUCCAGCCCGGAGCGAGGUCCGUCAUCCCCGGACGCCGGGCAGGAGGCGCCACCUCCUCCUCCUCCCCCGCAGGAAUUCGACUGGACUCGGACUGCGGAUUUGGAAAACGACGCGAUCAAAGAAGCGGUUUUGUACUUUUCCACGGACCCGGAGGCUCGGACAUGGGCUCCUCUGGUCUUCUCCCUCUCCUUGGAGGCGUUGAAAGGGUUCCGGGUCCAAGAGGGAAGGAAGCUGCUGCGGCAAACGCUCCCCGUCGAGGAAAUCCGUGACGUGGUGCCGGACGUGUCUCAGGGAGGGCCGGCGUUUUUCAAACUCCUGACCGUCAGGGAGACGCUGAGGGUCAGAGCGGAGAACCCAGAGGAGGCUCGCUCCUGGAGGGUGUUGAUCCGAGGAGCUCUGGACUCGUACCUGGAGAGCGGGGAGGAUGAAGGCUGUGGGGAGCCAGGGGGGGUCUGCCCCGCUAAGACCGGGAACCUCCACAGACUGGUGCAGCACAGACUCAAAGAGGACGGGGCGCUUCUCGUGCAUCUGUGCACAGUUCCCUCGGAGAAGGGUCUGGACACUCAGAGCUUCAAGUGUGCAGGGUGUCCUCAGCCUAUUGGCCCGUCCCUGGGCAGAGCCAGGCUGUGCGGGUUCUCGGGCCAGUACUACUGUGACUCCUGUCACCACGGCGACACCACCGUCAUCCCCUCGCGCAUGGUGCACAACUGGGACCUCACACGACGAGAGGUGUCUAAGAAGGCCCUACACCUGCUGGCUCAGGUGGAGCAGGAGCCUCUGCUGAACCUGGAGCAGCUGAACCCCGAUCUGGUGACGCACGCCGAGUCCAUGUCUCAGGCCCACAACCUGCGGAAGAGGCUCCGCCUGCUGGGCGACUACCUGCUCACCUGCCGCAGCGGAGCCUGCAAGAAACUCCAAGCCAGAAUGGAGCAGCGAACGUACCUGCUGGAGUCGAGUCACCUGUACAGUGUCAUGGACCUACGACAGAUAGCAGAGGAUCAAUACGUAACCUACCUGAUCACACUGCUGCAGGUCGCCUCCAACCACGUGUUCCACUGCGACCUGUGCACCCAGCGGGGCUUCAUCUGUCAGAUAUGCCACGCUAAUGACAUCAUCUUCCCCUUUCAGCUCAACAUCACCACCAGGUGUAAAGAUUGUAAAGCCGUGUUUCACCUGGCCUGCAAGGCGGACGGCGUCUCUUGUCCUCGCUGUCAGCGGAUGAAGAAAUACCUGCAGAGGAAUCUGCAGUACUGAGUCGCUAACGGGACGGGAAGCUAACGGGACGGGAAGCUAACGGGAAAUCUAGCUUUUUUUUUUACAUGAAGUAAACCUCAAGUGCAAUUACGAGCUUGUGCGUAACGGCGCCUCGACUCUCUCGCACUAAAUCCGAGGCGCAUCGUGACGCUAACAUGAAGCAGCCAAAUGUCACUGACCCCCCUCCCCCCACCCCCCGAGACUUUUUAAUACCUCUCUUCUGAAUUCAGACUCGGCAUCAAACGGACGACUCGACUCUUUAGUCUGCGUUAUUGCAUCUUAUCGUUUGUCAUAUUUACCGGAAAUGCUCCACGGGACAUUCUGCGUUUUCAGUCUCACAUAUUUAAACAUAAUGCAAGCAGGUUGGGGUUUUGGGGGGUCCUGAAACAUGCAAAAAAAUGUUUAAAUAUUCUAAUCAACAUAUUUUGAUCGUGCCUUUUUUCUUUUUUCUUGAGCGUGACAGUCUUCUUUUUCCACUUGGUGUUUAACACGGGGUCAGAAAAGCCUCACACGUGGUUAUAGCUUUCCUUUUUCUUUAAUUCACAAAUAAUAUAUGUGAAAGAAAUCUAUGUGUGAGCCUCACUGAUAUAAAACAUGAAGUCGCCGAAGAAAAUAAAUAUACAUGUGGCCGAAAAAAAAAGUAAUAACAGGAUUUUUGCAUUGACCCUGAAGUCGAAACACAUUUUGCACAUUUGCACGUAUAAGACUGUUAAACUGAUGUUUCGCCUGGAUUUUAGUUGCAAUAUGCGGAGAAAAAGAAAAAAAACUUCUUCUCUUGAAUAUUUGACUCUGAUGUAGAGAUGAACUCGCAGAAGCAACGCAUAAAGAUGUGCCAAAAUAAUAAAAUAAUUGAUGGUUUAAUCGAGUUUAUUUCUAUAUAUAUUACUUGCAAGUGGCAAAGCACAGAAUACUUGCGUUUACUCCUGGUUUGUCUUUUGCUAUCAUCUCAUUUAUAAUGUAUAAAUGACCUUUAUGAAUAAAUGUCACUGUGUUACUUGA